AUGUAUACCGAGGAAAAGCAGAAAAAUACCAACUAUGGGUCAAUCUUUGUCUACUGCUUCUUCUCUUUUGUUUUCGUUGGGGGGAUGAUAACGUAUGCAAAACCUUAUUACAACCUUCAAAACCUAAUGGAUACCGAAACAGUAAUAGAAGAAAGAUUGUUGGACAUGGAGAAAUCUGGUGUACUUCCAUGUGACUUGAGGAGCUCUGUCUCCGGUGCUGCUCGGAAUCACCACAAGCUCUCAACAACAGUAAGGGAAGAGACGAGGACUCGUCCUCCAAUUUCGUAUUGUGUGAAGUUCGAGUCAUUUGCCACUAUGUCCAAACUGGUCACAGGUAACGGUGACAAGUACGAGUCACGUCCUUUCUCAGCCGGUGGAUACAAUUGGACGUUCCUCAUCUACCCAAACGCGAACAAGCCAGCGGGAUCGGGUGGAUACGUUUCGCUUUACGUAAAAAUCGAUAACUCAAGCCUCAUUACCACUCAAAACGAAGUGUAUGCGUGGAUCAAAUUCCUCACCUAUAAAAGCACUACAGACACGUACCACGAGCUACAUGCGACUGAGGCGCAGCGAUUUCAUUUGUUUAAACAACAGUAUGGAAUGCUUAACUUUCUUGAGAUUGGAUACUACCAAAAUGCGGCCUAUGGAUUCAUUUUCAACGGUGGACAGAGUGUGUUUGGUGUUGACAUCGUGGUUUCUAAACCCUCUGGCACAUGGGAAGAUGUCUCAUAUGAAGAAAAUAUUCGUGACCCUGUUCUUGAUUGGAGAAUCACCAACUUUUCUAUCCGCGAUCAAGUCUCUUACACUUCUGAUACGUUUUCUUCCGGAGGGAGAAACUGGGUAUUGAAAGUGUAUCCAAAUGGAGUUGGGUCUGCAACGGGUAAUUCAUUGUCACUAUACUUGUUGAGUGCGUCAAACCAGAAGGGUUACGUGAAAGCCAAGUUUAGAGUUAUUAACCAGACCCCAUCCAACAAUGUAGAGAAACAAGUGGAUGGAUGGCCCAACGCAAAGGAAAACGGAUGGGGUGUAGACAAACUUAUACCUCUUGCAGAUAUCAAAGACCCAUCCAAAGGUUUCCUCGUCAAGGAUACCAUCAGAUUUCAAGUUGAGAUCCUGGCCUUCUCUAAAACCAACUCCAUCUCUAACUAA